AUGGUUCUUCUGUUGCACUUCCUGUGUCUCUCUCCGUUACCCCGUCAAACCGAAAAACUGGCGCUGCCGUCGAUUUCGCAGGUCCACACCAGAGGUCCUGCCGAUAUUCCUUGGUACAACCACCACGCCCAAGAAAGACCCUUGUUGUCUGGCGACAAACUUCCGGCCCUGAGUCUACCCACGGCUUCGCAGCCGUCCUACCGGGCUAGCUACCAAGAUCCAACGGCCCCCGCCUCUAGUAACGCCAGUGCUCGAACAAGUCUAUCGGGCUCUGCGUCUGCUGUUAACGAGGUCAGGAGCCCCCCGCCGCCUGCAGACCUAGCCGCUGGUGGUCAGGGUCGGCUCUCUUUGGAUUCUUCUGCCCCUGCGGAUUAUACCGUCUCGCAGAACCCGGUUAGCGACAGCUACUACCCCAACCCGACUUCUAUCAGCAGCAUGAACCAGACUCAACCCUACAUGGAUGCUCAUUCCCACUUUUCGUCCGGUCAGCCAUACGCCUCGCAAGCUGCCACUGCAGGAAGUCUUCCCCACUACACCCAGUACCAGCAACCCCCAGUAUUACAGCCUGCCUCGACAACAUAUGCCCCCGCAAGCUCGUACUCGCAAUAUGGUUACCCUCCCAGUGCUGUCACUUCGCCCCAGUCUGCGACCCAGCCUCCAUCAUCCAUGAGCAGCCAAGUCCCUGCCCAACUGUUACCACUGCCAGUUACCAACCACUCCGUUGCUCCCCCAGGCUAUGGAAACACCACCGGUACACCCCUUCAAGGUUUCGUGUACGAUGGUACUGGUCAGAUCGCUCCCCCGGGAGCGAAGCCGCGCGUCACCGCCACACUUUGGGAAGAUGAAGGUAGCCUGUGCUACCAAGUCGAAGCCAAGGGCGUUUGCGUUGCCAGAAGAGAGGACAACCAUAUGAUCAACGGAACCAAGCUGCUGAAUGUUGCUGGAAUGACUCGAGGUCGCCGCGAUGGUAUCCUGAAGAGUGAAAAGAUCCGUCACGUUGUGAAGAUCGGCCCUAUGCACCUCAAGGGCGUGUGGAUUCCGUUUGAACGGGCAUUGGAGUUUGCCAACAAGGAAAAGAUCACUGAUCUGUUAUAUCCUCUGUUUGUGCACAACAUUGGUGGUCUUUUGUACCAUCCCACAAACCAGACCCGCACCAACUUGGUUGUGCAAGAGUCCCAACAACGGCGACUCGAGGGCCCGCAGGCUACCCGGACUCCUCAAGCACCGCAGCCUCCGGCUUUGCACCACCAUCACCAUCACUCCAUGCAGGCCCAAGUGCCUCAUCUGGCUCAGCCUCACGCCAUGUCUUCCCAGCCGGGUGGUCGACCAUCCCUUGACCGAGCUCACACCUUUCCUACCCCUCCAGCAAGCGCAUCUAGUUUGAUUGGCAUCACCAACCAACCAAGCUCUUACGAAUGGGGCAGCCAAGGUAUGAGCUCUGGAGUCCAGAGCUCUCAACCGCUGUCAAUCGACACAAGCUUGAGCAAUGCUCGGUCAAUGCCCAACACCCCCGCCACAACUCCCCCAGGGAACAACUUGCAAAGCAUGCAGUCGUACCAAGGUCAAUCAGGAUAUGACAGCUCCAAGCCGUAUUACUCAGCUGCUCCUCCGUCACACCCGCAGUACGCUUCGCACCAGCCUUUGGCACAGCCUAGCAUGGCUGCUUAUGGUCAGACCUUGCCCUCGACAACCUACCUCAAGAACGACAUGGGACCCCCUUCGGGCCGAGCACCCGGUGCACAGCCCGAAACGGAGGCUUCUGAUGUGAAACCGGACCGGUAUGCCCAGAGCAAUGGUCACGUUGGUAGUGGUGCUGGGGAAUCUGUCCCCGAGCACGAGCAGGAGUACAUGCAAGACAAUAGUGCUGGCUACAGUACCAGCCGGGGGUCGUACACCUACACUACCAACCCUUCCAUUGGUACUCUUACUGGAGAGCACUCUCAGCUUGCUCCAGAAAUUACCGGCUCUCCUUCGCAGCAGAAUGCCUCCGGACGUAUGACUCCUCGUACGAGUGGUGGUCCCCCGUCGCAAUGGGCUUCGGGAUACAGCACACCUCCCCGGCCCGCAGCAGCCGGCAGCCUGUACAACAUCGUCAGUGAUACCCGUGGCACAUCAGCCAACGGGGCAUCCGACGGAUACUCCGUGGCUUCUACCUCGGCCUCCACAUACUCUACUGGCAUGAACGGCACCUUGGGAUCUAACAAGCGUCUCCGGGAUGAUGAUGACGAUGACCGCAUCAUCCGGCCUGACAGCAGAGGCGCAGAGUAUGACAGCAAGCGCCGCAAGACCAUCACGGAAGCGACCGUGGGUGGACCUGUUGGGGGUGCGCCUAUGGCUUUGCAAAGCAUGAAGGCUGGAGGAGCCAUGGCUCGCCGUCGAUGA